GUCCGUCCUCCCCCUCGCGUCUUCCCUUCCUCCCGGGGUCGCUCCUGCCCGCUCCGCGGUUUGUCCCCGCGCCGCCGCCGUACUUGUAGUCCCGGCCCGGGAGGGAGGGCAGCGGCCGCCCCUCCCCCUGCAAGAUGGCGGCGGCGGAGCAGCAGCAGCAACCGCCGCCGCCGCCCGAGGGCUGCAGGCCGCUGAGCGCCCUCCUCGGCGGCAUCGCCCAGGCCGCCUACUACGGCAAGGCGGGCAUCACGGAGGAGCUGCUGCGCCGGCAGCUCUACCCCGAGGCGGCGCCGGAGGAGUUCCGGGCCCUGCGCGCCAAGAUGGGCGGCCUCCUGCAGUCAAUUGCUUCGGCAGACAUGGAUUUGAAUCAGCUGGAGGCUUUUCUCACUGCCCAAACGAAAAAACAAGGUGGCAUCACAUCAGAUCAAGCUGCAGUCAUUGCAAAGUUCUGGAAGAACCACCGAAUAAAGAUCCGAGAGAGCCUGAUAAAUCAAAGCCGGUGGGAUAAUGUCUUGAAAAACAUGAACUGGAGAGUGGAUUUGAAGUCACAGUCAAGACACAUCGAUCAGAUAAAUACCCCUGUUGCAAUAGUUGAAAUGGAACUGGGAAAAAAUGGGCAGGAAUCUGAAUUUCUCUGCCUGGAAUUUGAUGAGGCCAAGGUGAACCAGAUGCUGAAGAAACUGUCAGAAAUAGAGGAGAGCAUGACCUCGCUGACGCAGACCACUUAGCUCUUGCAGCAAAUAAAGCGAUUGCGAUUCACAAAAAGGAA